AUGCUUACAAUAACGAUUGGAAAGCGAGUAAUUUUUCUUAUGAUCGUCUGCCCCGAGGUGGCUGAUCCGAAAGAUGCUAUCUAUUGGAUUCUACUUAUCAUCGAAAGCCUUAUAACCUGCUUGGCUUUAGUACAUAUUACACGACUGAUACGUGUUUUUGGGAAGACAUCGUUAUUUCAUAAGAAUCUUGUUCGAAUUUCACAAGCUUUAUUGGUCAUAUUUUAUCCCAAUGUAGUGGCACGUUUUAUUAUAAUCUUUUACGAAGCUGGUAUUUUGGCACAUGACGGCUACUCCAACAACGUAAUUGGCACGAUAGUGGUCUCUAUAUUUUUCCUUAUCUAUUGCACGACAUGUAUAACUCUCUUUCGUCGAGAUUCUGCAAAAUUGCGAGUUAUGAAUCGUAAUCUUGUACAGAAAAAAGUCAUCUACACUCUGAGUACAAAGUUUCAACUGAAAGAAAAUAUCAAAGUCAUGAAGAUUUUGAUGUAUCAGACAAUUGUGGUAGCCGUGAACACCGUGAUUGGUUGCUUGUUUUUUACUUUGACAACAACUGUACUGGUAAAUCAUCCGCAAUGGAACCCUAUGGCUUAUGUACUUACGAAUAUUUCCUUUACAGUAUCCUUCUACAUGAUUGCUUUGGUGUAUAUGGUCGCCCUUGAUGAAGUUCAAAUUCGUUUUCUUCUUCCAUGGAAAUGGGGAGCUCAAAACGUCCACAGAAUUCAACCCAUAAACGAGCAUCGUGGAGCAUCUAAUGCAUAUUUUGAGCAACUGACUAAUGCCUGGUAG